GGCGGCGACGCUGGAUUACGCUCCAGCACGUAGAGAGGCGUGUACGUACGUUAUGCUCACACCGGCAGUGACGCGGAAAAUGGCGUCCGCCGCUGUCCGGCUCCAUUCACGCUGGUUCUGUACUUCAGCCGCUUCUGCUCACCGUAGCGGCCGUUUCCUCACCGUCCCGCUCAGACAUGGCGGAGUGUGGUCGGCGGCGGUGUCUCAGACGCUCCGGGGAGGGCUGACAGUUUACCGCUUUAACUCCGGGACCCACGGAAAUGUCGUGACAUUGAGGAGACUGACAGGUGAGAGAGCUAACAGCUAACAGGAGAGAAAGUUUGAUCUGAGUGUGAGUUUAUCCAACUGUCUUUAUGUUCAUGUCACUGUUGGUCUUCUAUAUCUGUAAACUGUUGGUUAAAGACACACCUGUACUCUGAACCUGCUUAGAUUGGGGGGGGUGGGGUGGACGAUGAUGUAACCGUCAUGUUUACUUUACCUGAUAUUUGUUCUUUUGACUGGAGAUAAAUGAAGGUUUUACUACAACUAACUACAGUCUGGAGGAUUGUAUUUACCUCUUGGGAGCUUCGUAUUUUACACCGUGUUCCGAAUUAUUAUGUAAAUGAUAUUUUUCUCUGAUUUUCUGAAUAGUCACACAAAUGUCAGUCAGUAUAAUUCAAAUGUUACUGAACAAACCUCCCAAUGAGAACAGGAUUUAUUCAAAAAUAAAAAACUUAAAUCUUCCACAUUAUUUUGCACAACAGAGUUUCAAAACAUUGUAAAGAACUGAAAAUGGUCAUCAGUUGAAUUAGCAGCAUUAGGAGGUCAUAUUUACUGAAAUUAAAACCUAUUUUAAUCAAAAACAUCUUAACAGGUCAAGUUUUAACAGAGGACCUUUUAUUUGACAGCAGCUUCAGAAGUCUUGUUUCAUUUAUUGAGUUUUUGAUUUGUUUGCAGGAUGUCAGAAUAUCCCCCCCAGAGCUGAUCUUUGGAUGUGACCUGCCCCCCACCCUCAUAGAUCUUUAGCUUGAAGAUGCUCCAAAGGUUCUCAGUAGGGUGGAGGUCAGGGGGUGAUGGGGGGUCACAUCAUGAGUUUGUCUCUUUUUAUACCCAGAGCAGCCAGUGAAGCAGAGGUAUCCCUUACAGCAUCACAUGGUUCACUGUCAUGCAUGAAGAUGAUUUUAUUACAGAGAGCACGGAAGACAAGUGGUCAGUCAGAAACUCUGUAUACUUCGCCGAGGUCAUUUUCACGCCUUCAGGGACCCUAAAGGGGCCGACCAGCUCCCUCCCCAUGACUCCACCACCUCCUUGCUGAUGUUGCAGCCUUGUUGGGACAUGGUGGCCAUCCAUUACUCCAUCCAUCUGGACCAUCCAGGGUUGCACAGCUCUCAUAAGUGAACAAGACUGUUCUUGUCUUCAUGAGUUUCUGGACCCACAGUAACCGUUUCUGUUUGUGAGGAUUGUUUAGAGGUGGCCGAAUAGAAGGUUUAUACACAACAGUAAACCUCUGGAGGAUCCUACAGCUUGAUCAGCAGCUUCAAAUAUGUGUUUGCUGUUUUGUAAAGACGUGUUAGCAGCUGUUCUCUUAAUCUGAUGUGUUUGUCUGACAGAAACCUUCCUCUUUAUCUCCACAAACCCGUGUGUGCUCUGAAUCAGACACAGAUCUCCUAACAGUACGAUGAUCAGGCUUCAGUUUUGGUGAAAUAUCAGAGGUUUUCAUUCCUCGUCCAAAUCAUUCAACUAUUUAUUUUUUUUUUUAUUACUUUAUUGCAAGGCUUCUUUCUUUCACAAACAUAGUCAGGCUUUCAUUUUACAAUAUUAUACCUUACAUUUUUUUUCUCUUCCUUCCCUUUUUUUUUUUUUUUUUUAACAUACAGAAAGUAAAUAACAACCAAAAAGUAACCAAAUCGACAUAUCUCCAAAAAUAAGGCAAAACAUACAAGCAAACAAAAUACAAAAAGUAAAUGCAUAAAUAAAAUAAAAUGAACUAAAUAUGAUUAAAUAAACUAAAGAAAACUGGUAGGGGUAGGUGCAUGUAUGUGUGUUCGUGUAUCUGUGUGUUUAUGUACAUGGACGUUAGAGUUGGGGUGGGGACCUUUUAAUCCAUCUCCUUAAUUUGAUUAAAUAUUUCUACUGUUUUUGUCAACCUUUCUUUGUGGAAUAGCUUGUUCCAAAUAUGCAUUUUUUCCCUAUUCAUUAACAUUAGCCUUUCCAUCUCUAGACAUUGUUCUGCUGUUGAUACCCAAGCUGUUAAUUUUGGUUGAUCUGAUUGUUUCCAUGCUUUGGUCACCUGUUUCAUAGCGGUUGUUCGCAAUAUGUUAAAAAAAUAGAUAUCCUUUGCUCUUAUCUUUCCGUCUAAAUGGAUACCUAAACAAUGCUUCAAUCAUUCAACUAUUUCAGGAACAUCCUUCUUUAGUAGUUUUUCCCUUACCUGGGCUCACCUGACAAACUAAUGAUCACAGGUGAAUGAGAUUAAUUUCAGUCAUCAAAGAGACACAGAACCAUCCAACAUUCAUCUCUGGAGGGGGGCGUGUCUAACUCUGUGUUACGGUGUGUUUGACCCUGAAUUAAUUUUACGCCGGAAUAUCCCUUUAAUGGUUCAUAUAUCUUAUUAGCAUGGAUGGUAGCAGCACUCUGGGUAAAAUAGUCUUCUGGGGAUCCUUCUGUCUACAGGUACAACAUGUCCCUGCGGUACAACCAGCCGCUCUUUUCACACCAGCUGCCGGUUGGCGAAGGAGGACUAUUACGAGGUCUUGGGUGUGGCCCGUACCGCCUCGCAGAAGGACAUCAAGAAGGCUUACUACCAGGUCCGAAAACACUCUGUAGUCAAACUGUUGUGAGAACUUGUUGCUCCGUGCAAAUACCUCCAGAGUUACUUUUACGGGUCACGUUUGACCGAGUUCUUGUCUCUCCAGCUGGCAAAAAAGUACCACCCAGACACAAACCCAGACGACCCGGACGCCAAAGAGAAGUUUGCCAAGCUGGCUGAAGCCUAUGAGGUUCAAAACCAUUUCCUGUUCAAGGUGAUUUAGUCUCCACUCAUGUUGUUGAAGGAUGACAGUGAUCCUUGAACUUGUUGUUUUCCCUUCAGGUUCUGAGUGACGAGGUGAAGAGAACACAGUAUAACACCUACGGAGCAGCAGGUUUCGACCCAAACCGAGCUGGACAGAGCCAGCGGCAGUCCUACAGGGCACAGAGGUCCACUCUAGACCCUGAAGAGCUCUUUAGGAAGAUCUUUGGACAGUUUGCUGGAGGAAGGGACUUUGAGAACAUGUUUGAACAAACACCUGAGGUUAGAAACCCAGUAACCUGGGUGUCCACAUAUUUGGAUUCAUCUGAAAAAAGGUUUAAUUCCCUCUUGGAGCUCUGAACGGCAGUGAUUUCAUUACAGUGAAGGGUUUUUGUUUCUUCUCACCUUCCAGUUUCUGAUGGAUCUUACGUUCCUAGAGGCAGCAAGAGGUUGUGAUAAAAAUCUGGAUAUAAACGUAGAUUACACCUGUCAAAGGUGUGAUGGAAAAGGCAACGAGCCAGGCACUAAGGUGUCUCAUUGCCACUUUUGUAACGGCACUGGCACGGUGAGUGGCAGAGCGUCAGGUGACAAUAAUCUGAACAUCUGUGUUUGUCCUGAAGUCCUCUCUGUGUCCUCCUCACCAGGAGUCCGUCACCACAGGUCCCGUCACCAUGCGAACCCCCUGCAGACGGUGCGGAGGGAGAGGGUCGAUUGUGAUCACACCUUGUGCCCUUUGUCAGGGUUCAGGUCAGACUAAGAGGAGACAAACUGUCCAUAUCGAAGUGCCUCCAGGUGGGUCUCCAACCAAAGAUGCAUUCACACCUACAGUACAGGCCAAGAGUUCGGACACACCUUCUCAUUCGAUGCGUUUUCUUUAUUUUCAUGCCGUGUGUUUGUUCUGCUCUGUCGUUAGCUACGUUUACAUGGAGCCAAAUAUUACGAAUAUAAUCGGAUUAGAAGCCCAAUCGGAAUGAAAAUGCUCCAUAUAAACACCUCAUUCGGAAUAAACAGGCCCAUUCCGAAUGGAAUUUCAUUCCGAUUCACAGGGGUAGAAUAUUCCUUUUCCCAUUCCGAUUAAAAGCAAAAUCCUGUCAUGUAAACGGUGAAUCGGAAAGUUGUCAGGCUGGGUUCUGUCUGCGCAUGCUCUGUCCUGAUGUAAACAAGCAGUGACGUAUGACUCACAUGGAAACAUGAUGGCGGCUUCCAAGCAGAGCACGAUGCACUGGUCUGCGUCGGAGAUCACGUGAUCAAUCAAUCACGUGAUGUUUGAAGGUAUCACGUGUCUGUAAAUAGCUGUUCCGAUUGAAUGCCGUGGCACAUGUAAACACCAGAUCAGAAUAGAUCGCUUCCAUGUAAACAGUUCGCCUGGGAGCUUCAAUCGGAAUGAUUAUAAUCCGAAUGAGAAAAAAGUCUGCAUGUAAACGUGGCUACUGAAGCAGCAGUCGGUGAAGGCACCUGGUUCAGGAACCGAGCAGAACAAAAACACGGCAUGGAGAUGACCCGAUGACUCCACAGUUCCCAUCUCUGAUAUUUACACUGUUGAUUCUCACUGAAGGCAUCAAAACUGUGAAUGAACACAUGUUUCAUGUUGGAGUUUAGCCGCCCUUCGCUCUGAUGACCGCUGUAAACACUCUCUCCAUGAGCUCCAGGAGGUCCUCACCUGAAAUGGUUUUCCAACAGUCUUGAAGGAGUUCCCAGAGGUGUUCAGAACUUGUUGGCCCCUUUGCCUUCACUCUGCGGUCCAGCUCACCCCAAACCAUCUCGAUUGGGUUCAGGUCCGGUGACUGUGGAGGCCAGGUCAUCUGCUGCCUGGAGGUGUGUGUGGGGUCUUUGUCCUGCUGAAAAACUAAACAAACCGGAUGGGAUGGCAUGUCGCUGCAGGAUGUGCCUUCACACCAUCAGACCUCCUCCUCCAUCUUCACAGUGGGAACCAGGGCGGUGGAAUCCAUCCGUUCACCUUUUCUGCGUCUCACAAAGACACGGCGGUUGGAACCAAAGAUCUCAAAUUUGGACUCAUCAGACCGAAGCACAGAUUUCCUCUGCUCUGAUGUCCAGUCCUUGUGUUUCUGCUUGUUGCCGCUCCUCAGCAGUGGUUUCCUAGCAGCUAUUUGACCAUGAAGGCCUGAUUCAGCAGUCUAACAGUUGUUGUAGAGACGGGUCUGCUGCUCGAACUCUGAUCUGAGGCGACUCUCGGUCUUCCCUUCCUGGGUCGGUCCUCAUGUGAGCCAGUUUCGUUGUAGCGCUUGAUGGUUUUUGCGACUCCACUUGGGGACACAUUUAAAGUGUUUGCAGUUUUCUGGACUGACUGACCUUCAUUUCUCAAAGUCAUGAUGGACACUCGUUUUUCUUUAGUCAGCUGAUUGGUUCUUGCCAUAAUAUGAAUUUUAACAGUUGUCCAAUAGGGCUGUGUAUUAACCUGAUAUUCCACUACUUACCCCUGAUAAGGCAGACCUGUGAAGUGAAAACCACGUCAGGUGACGACUAGUGGUGCAACGGAUCAUCAUUGAUCCGUGAUCCGUUCGGAUCGACGUCAUCGGUUCGGCACACACGUUACCCGCGGUUCGAUUUCUGAAAAAAAAAAUGUGGCUUCCCUGUCAACUAUGAUGAGGAAGGAAAGAGGUCAGUGGACAAAACUGUGAAGGUGUGUAGGCACUGUGGCAUAAGAAAGCCAUAUGACAGUGGAAACACAUCGAGCAUGUUCACGCAUUUGAAAGCGACAUCACCCGGGUGUUUUAAUGACAGGUGUUGUGCCGUAGACUGCACCCCUGCCGUAGAACGCACCCCUGCAUCCCCUCCACUCGUUAGCUUCUUACAGUGGAGAUAAUGAUCUCAUAUUUAAAGAAACACGAGUAUUAGAUCAUGACAACAUGUCAAAUGGAGCAGCAAACUUUCAUUUUCUUUUUAUGUGUCUCAAAAAUGCAAAUAUAGAGGUGUACUUGGGUAUAAACUGUACAGAAAGCUGUCCAGGUAGAGAGCAUUAUAUUUUCGGGACAGCAAUAUUCCAAGGGCUGUUGUUUUUGGCUUCUUUGAAUAGCCUGAAUGAAAUUAUUACAGGCAAACGCUUUUGAAUCCAUCCAAUGUAAGAAAAACUUAUUAUUUCGCCUCGUUAUGUACUUUAAACCGCGCUCCCGUCAGGGGGUGCAUUCUACGGCAGGGGUGCAUUCUAUGUCACAACACCUGAGAUAAAACGAAAGCUGGCCAGCAACCGCUCAUCACCGCAGCAUUUAAGCAGCCUCUUCCUGCGCAUCACAAACGCUAACGGUGUGUUUAGCUACAGACAUGAGGCCGUAUUCAGUUGUGCAAACGAGGGCUUUAAAAACAUGCUGAAAGUGCUUGAGCCACGUUACGAUAUCCCACCGCGCACAUACUUCAUUUUUGGUUCAUUGUUACAUUUUAAAGGAAGGAGAUAUGCCUAUAUAUUGCACUUUAAGUUGUUUUUCAUUAAUAAUUAUGUUGAAAAGAAGAUAUUACGCCGUAUGCACUACUUUUAUAUAUUUUAAUUCAACCAUUUAAGUGUUUAAUAUACAGACAAAACUGCUUUUUGCUGAUCCGAAAAAUGAUCCGAUCCGUGACUCUUGAUCCGAGGAACAAUCCGAUCCGUGAGUGUUGUGAUCCGUUGCACCACUAGUGACGACCUCUGGAAGCUCACGGAGAGAAUGCCGAGAGUGUGUAAAGCAGUCAUCAGAGCAAAGGGUGGAAAUAACAAACACAACUUAAGACAGUGAGACUUUCUUGCAGGAGUGGAGACCGGUCAGACGCUGCGCAUGUUAGUGCAAAGAAAUCUAGAAAUUCUCGUCACAUUCAGGGUGAGUUUUGGAGAAAUUCUUCACAGAUUUUUGUUCAAAUCCGGCAAAAUGACAGAGGUCUGUUGGAGUCACGUGACCUGCAUCUCAUUUGUCUCAAUACAGGUGGAGGAGAGUAAGAUUUUCAGGCGCUAUGGAUUGGACAUCCACUCAGAUGUGUCAAUCUCUGUCGCUCAGGCCAUCCUGGGGGGAAAGGUCACAGCACCAGGCCUGUACGGUCCCGUUGACUUGGAUGUGAGUCAGAACGAGGCUGCUCAGAAUACGACGCUGAUCUGCUUUUGUUCACCAAGUUAGAGUGAAAAGCUAAAAACGGGCGGAGUGAACCAUGUUUGGGCUUCCUGUCCUUCUGUCACAGCUGUUUACACAGGUGUUUAAUGACUGUGUCUGAUAAGUAACGACUUCUGUUGUGUUUUUAGAUUCCCGCUAGUUGCCAGGCGGAUCAAGUAAUCUACAUUUCAAGACUUGGCAUUAUGAGGAUAAGACCGUUCACCUAUGGAAAUCACUUUGUUCACGUCAAGAUCAGAGUGCCAACGUAAGAGGAGGAGCUAAAAAACACUUCAAAUAUAUUUAUCAAACCAGUUAUUCAGCUGAGAUGCCCUGAAGUUGGGAUGAAAGUUCUACUUGUGUUUUUAAAUCAUCACAGGAAACCAGCCAGAGCAUCAGAAAUCAUCACAAACUUGUGCAGAUGUGUGGAAAAAAAGGACUUAUGCCACCAUCAUUUUUCAUUUUAAUCUUUCUGUUACUUUGAGUUUAAUAUUUAUAUUUUUUUAGCAACAUUUUCUUUUUCUUUUAGUUUAAACGUUUUCUUUUAUGCAAUAGAAACUACUCUGCAACGCACAGUAUCUGACUGUUCAUGUUUUGGUUUUUUCUAUUUUUAAAUGAAGUUUUUACAUAUAAGAAAAACAUACAAAUAGCACUGCAGCAAUAGCAAUGAUGUAUAAAUGCACUAUACAACAAAACUAUCAAAAAAUGGAAAGAAGAGAAAAAUAAGUGAAUAAAGAUAAAAAUAAUUUAAAAAUAAUAAUAAGAGUAAAACAGUAGGAACAGAAAAAACAACUGAAAAAGUAGCAGCAGUGGUGACUUAACAACUUUCUCAUCCUCCAAAAAUCCCCAAAAGGUUUCCAUCCUGUAACAAACUGUAUAUAAUAUAUGAAAGUCUUUCCAACACAAGAUGUGUCUCAGUCUCCUUCAGCCGUAACUUUACAGAGGGUAACUGGAGAUUAUUCCAGAAAAGAGCGACCAGUCUUCUAGCUUGAAGGGUAUAAACCAGGAUACAGAGUUCAGCUUCCAGGGGAACGUUCUUACCACCAUCAGGGAAAUCAUCACAUUCCCAAACACGACGGAACAAUCUUCCUGUUUCCUCUAAACAACAGGUAUCUGGAACAUUAGGACAGGUUUGAUUUAGUUUUACUGAAGUUCACUUUAUCCAUUUAUAUUGGAGCAGUUUCAGUUUUGUGUUGAUUGUAUUUUGCCGUGCCUUUCGAUAUGCCGCUUCCCAGUCUUCUUCAGGUUUAUCGACUGUCCAUGUUUCUGUCCUUGGAUGAUUCCUUCUCAUGAGAUAUCAGAGUCCCAUAAAACAAAGAUACUCGACCCCCGUUAGCCAGAUUUGUCAUGAUUAGAUUUGUCAAAGCUGGUUCAGACGUCGGGUCUUUAUUUUCUGAUGAUAUAAAAUGUUUCAGUCGUAAAUAUUUGAGAGUUUUUUUGGUUUAUCAUGUUCCUUAAAUAUUUGCUCAAAGGUAAAUAGUUUUUCUGAUUAGAUUCCCUCCAGAUGACACACCUUUGAAACCUCCAUCACCUCUACCUGCUGUGAAAUCACUGUUUGUAAAGCAGGGAUGUCUCCAACAUGCUGGUGGACACGAUACCAAAGGACAUUUUUAAGAUCUGCUGAAUGUAGAAACAGCUUCAGGGGUAGUUCUCAUGUGGUUGUUUGCUCAAUAUUUACCCAAGAAGUUGUGAUUUUUAAUGUUCACUUUUCACUCGACUCUGUUUGGAUCAUGUAAUCGAGUUUCUGUGGUCUCUUUCCUGCAGGAAGUUGACUCCUAGGCAGCGUUCUCUGAUCCUCAGUUACGCUGAAGAGGAGUCGGACGUCGAGGGGACGAUUAACGGGGUCACUCCUUCUGCAAGGAAAGGUUAGAGUGAAACUACGUCACUCUGUCUGUCCAAGCAUCACUCCACACUCGGCAGACAAACACUCACAGUCAGUGUCAAUAGAAGCUGAUGUAGAGUGUGUUUGUGUCCAGCAGGGGGCAGCAGCGCUUCAGAGUCUGGUGCAAAAGGCUCAGAGGAGGGACAGAAACAGCAAGAGGAGGAAGGCUUCUUCUCCAAGCUGAAGAAACUGUUUGUCUGACGCUGUUCAACAGGUUGGAGCUGAAACAGUCACUGAACGUCGACACAAACACUGUUCAGCUAAAGUUUACAAACCGCAGGUUCAGGAGGAACAUUUCUGUUUCAGAGCACUUUAAAACGAGCAGAAACGAGGGAUUAGUGAUGGGAUUAGUCAUGUGAGACCUCCCCUCUUUAAGUCUACAAACAAUUACUUAGAGCUGCACAUUAUUUUAGAAAUGAAGAAGUGAAAUAAAAAAAGUCAUUUUUACCAAAUAAAUGCAGGAAAAUUCUGUCAUACAUCCUCGCUGCGAUUUAGGCUCUGAAAGGUCCUGUUUUCCUCAGUGAUUCAUCCAUUUUGGAUUUUUACACCUUUGUGAAAAAUGACUUGAGUGGAAAACUUUGACUAAGCGGUUUAAUCGUGGAUUCAGGUAAUGAAACAGCAUGUCAGACCGCUUUCAAAGGCGCUUGUACUUUCAUCUCCCUGCCUCCACACAAGAAAAUCUUUACGUCACGAGCAAACCUUCGAUUCACUCUUCUCUCCUCAGGUGGAAAACCUCUGAAAACACGCUGAAGCAGGAGGAGAAAUCCACUGACCGGCCUCCAUGCUGUCUCCUCCUGCUUUGAGGACGGAGCAAGGAGGAAGAAGAGCGAGGCAGAGUGGUACUUGUGAUGACGUAGUCACAGUAGACGCCAGGUCCACCCACCCACACUCACUCACUCACUCACUCACUCACCGGGCCGAUGCCGAGCCGGGAAACUCAAGAGCUGCUGGAGGAGGAACAAGAUGGCGACUACAGAGGACUACUGUGCAGUAAAGAGCGCUGACACACUUGGUUAAAAAGUCAGACAAGAAAAAGUUCAAAUGACCAAACAGCGUCUUGUCAGAUGGGUUUAUUAUUCCGCUGACAUUUCAGCUUAAAAUGGUGAAAAUGUCUGAGUUUCUGAAGUUUCUCCAGUCUUUGCUCAGUUUGAGGGGUCAAAGGGGACAGAAACGUGAACGGAUUAAGAGGAGUUUGAAAAGACUAAACAUCCUUUUGUAUUAAAUAUUAGGAGGACGUUUGUUUGGUUCAGGAAUAAAAACAUGGAGCAACAUUUAAAGACGUCUCAGUCUGACGAGGUUGAUGUUGGUGAUCUGUGAAGGUGUGGCACAAAAUGAAACAAAUGAUGAAUAAAAAUGUAAAGUGUUGAGUA